GACAGCCAGUGCUGUAAAGGAGAGCACAAAGAGAAGGAAAGUGGAGCAGGGGAGGGGAACAGGAGGCUGGGUGAAGGGAGAGGGAAAGACAAAAGAAGGAGAGGGGAGACAUAGCAGGGUGAACGGAGGGGACUGAGCAAAUGGCUACGGAGGAGACGGCGGGGGGAGCCAGGAAAGCCACCAAGAGCAAACUGUUUGAGUUCCUGGUCCAUGGAGUGCGUCCUGGCAUGCCGUCUGGAGCGAGGAUGCCCCACCAGGGAGCUCCCAUGGGCCCCCCCGGCCCCCCGUACGGAGGGAGCCCGGCGGUGCGGCCCGGCCUGCCCACCCCGGUGAUGGAGCCCAGCCGUAAGAGGCCUGCCCCCUCCCAGCAGGUCCAGCAGCAGCAGCAGCAGCAACAGCAGCAGCAGCAGCAGCAGGCCGUCCAGAGCCGGGCCAGAAAUGCUAAGAGAAGGAAAAUGGCAGACAAGAUUCUUCCGCAAAGGAUCCGUGAGCUGGUCCCUGAGUCUCAGGCCUACAUGGAUCUGCUGGCGUUUGAGCGUAAACUGGACCAGACCAUCAUGCGCAAACGUGUGGACAUUCAGGAAGCUCUGAAGAGACCAAUGAAGCAGAAGCGUAAACUGAGGCUUUACAUAUCCAACACCUUCAACCCUGCCCGACCCGACGCUGAUGACUCAGAUGGCAGCAUUGCAUCGUGGGAACUGCGAGUAGAGGGGAAGUUGCUGGAUGAUGCGGGGAAGCAGAAGAAGAAGUUCUCUUCGUUUUUUAAGAGCCUGGUGAUUGAGCUGGACAAAGACCUCUACGGUCCUGACAACCACCUGGUUGAGGUCAGUUCAAACACGGCGGCUGCACUCUGUUCACAGAGGAAGAGGCUCAUUUUAGAAUGGCACCGCACGCCCACCACUCAGGAGACAGACGGCUUCCAGGUGAAACGGCCGGGAGACGUGAGCGUGCGCUGCACCCUGCUGCUGAUGCUGGACUACCAGCCCCCCCAGUUUAAGCUGGACCCUCGCCUGGCUCGCCUGCUUGGCAUUCACACUCAGGCUCGCUCCUGCAUCAUCCAGGCCCUCUGGCAGUACGUCAAGACCAACAAGCUGCAGGACUCUCAUGACAAGGAGUACAUCAACUGUGACAAGUACUUCCAGCAGAUCUUUGACUGUCCUCGGCUGAAGUUCUCUGAGAUCCCUCAGCGCCUCACCAACCUCCUCCUACCGCCCGACCCCAUCGUCAUCAACCACGUCAUCAGCGUGGAUCCCAACGACCAGAAGAAGACGGCCUGCUACGACAUUGACGUGGAGGUGGAAGACCCCCUGAAGGGUCAGAUGAGCAGCUUCCUCCUCUCCACCGCCAACCAGCAGGAGAUCGCCUCGCUCGACAACAAGAUCCAUGAGACCAUCGAGUCCAUCAACCAGCUGAAGAUCCAGAGGGACUUCAUGCUCAGUUUCUCCAGAGAUCCCAAGGGCUACAUCCAGGACUGGCUCAAAUCCCAGAGCCGAGACCUUAAGUUAAUGACAGACGUGGUGGGGAACCCUGAGGAGGAGAGGAGGGCGGCGUUUUACCACGAGCCCUGGUCCCAGGAGGCUGUCAGCCGCUAUUUCUACUGCAAGAUCCAGCAGAGGAGACAGGAGCUGGAACAGGCCUUAGCUGUCCGCAACACCUAAACCGAGCCCCUUGUGAAUCUCUGCAUCUGAUUUCACAGUGUGUGUGUGUGUGUGUGUGUGUGUUUGGAUGUGUGUGAGGCCAUCGCUGUGGUCCAGUGAAACCUUAGACCUCUAAAUAUGUCGGUAACUAAAGAGCAAACACAUCCCUUGUCUUAGUGAUGAAAGAAAAUGCAAUUUCAGAGAUUUCUCCAAAGUUUUAGAGGAGGAGGUUUUCUCACGACAGCAGCGAUGUGCACGUAUGGAAGCCCAGAUCUCGAUGCACACGUACAUAUUUGUCCCGUUUCGUGCAGGACUGUGAGGACAUCAUCAUUAACCGCACGUGUCCAGCUGCACCCUCAGAGGUCAAAGCCCUUCAGACCACAAGCAUCCUCAGACUCACUGCCUAAUAAACAGAAACCUCUUCUUCCUCUGCUUCCCCUCCGCUUCUGUAAAUACGUCACGGACACGUCAACACAAACUCUGAGCCGGCUGCUCACACGCUGCCGUGUUUUCGGACUCUCAUCUCUAAAGCUGCUGUGUUCGACAGAAACGUACAUGAUGUAACUCCGUGUCACGGUCGAUCCUCGCUGCGCUCCGGAUGACUCUUCAAAUUUUUCUGUUUCCCCAACUCUCUCUGAAGCUGUUUUAUCGUUUGAUUGUAGGUGUGACUCUGUGUGUUUUUUUUGUUUGUUCUCAUUAGGAGAGUGUUUUUUGAAAGAUUAAUUACACCAGCAAAGUCGAGAUUAUUAGUGUGACACAUUCGGUUGCAGGGAAUCAAUUCUGUCUAUAAACCUGAGUUGUGGAUUUCAUUCAUUAUCAGGUUUGAAUGAAUUAAUUGGAAAAAGUCCAGUGUGUCUCAUUUUAGUCUUAUUCGCCAGUAAACUUCUUUUUACAGUAAUUCCUACAACAGUAUUAGGUAAGUUAACUGAACUUAAGUAUUAUCACAGCAAGAAUGGUGUUUUAAUGAAGGAGAAACUAGUACUGACCAUCAUAAUAAUAGCUUUUUCUUCCCUUCAAGGGACAGUUUGGAUGUGUUGAAGUGGGUUUGUUAGAGGUAAUUAACCAUAGUCAGUGUAUGACUGACAGUAGAUCGUGGUCGUUAUGCUCAACACAAACAAAUGAACGUAUUGAGGCAGUCGACCAACAACUACCAUGUUCUGCAAGUUAAAAUAACUAUUUUUGUCAAUGGAGUCUGGUGUCUUUGAGAAGAACAUAAAAACGGCUUCACUUCCAUAAACAUAAACAGGGCUGUCUGACGGGACAGUACAGCAGUGAAAAUGUACACUUAACCUGAUAUUGAUCUUUUUUUAAACUAUGAUUUGCAGCAGCACAUUGCUUAGCUUCUGCUCCUACUUUUCCAAAAUGGGUGUGUGCUGACCGCCAUCUACUGUAGGUAACACACUGAUUAUGGAUAAGUACCUCAUAUAACCCCACUUCAAAAAGAUCCAAACUCUCCCUUUAAUCAUUGCAAAAUGACAAAUAUGCUGAUACAUUUUGGGACUUGUUGACUUGUUUAGUCAAAGUCGCUCACUGCCUCUUCCUUGUGUAGUAUUUUGCCAGUGAAAUGUCCUGAAGGUGUUACCAAAGGUUGCAACAAAGAAGAAGAGAAACAUGAUCACUGAAACAGAAGUGGGCAAAAAUCCUCACCUGGGUUUAACAGAAAUUGCAGAACAUUUCCUUGUAAGGUGGUCAUAAAAAACCUGAACAAUCUGGGCAGGUUCAGAGAGGAUUUAGUCCCAAAUGUUUGCCUUUUGUAGCCAAUUAGGCCUCAGGUUUUUUAAACAAACCCUAAAACUGUUAUUGCAAAGAACACUUAAGCCCCGGCCUGGAGGAUUUUGUCCAUUUCUGCUCUUUUUAUGUUACAUAAAGAAGUUUUUUUCUUUUUCUAGAGAUGUGAAUGUAAAUAUGUUUUCCCCUAAGAGGGCCAACUGUACAGUAUACGACAGACUAUUUGUGUGUUUGUUUUGGGGAGGGGGGGCUGAGUUACAUGGUGCAUUAUGGGAGCUCCAUGAGUUUUGAAUUAGUAGGGCAGGAAUGUUAGUGUUCCUCUGUGUACUAUCUUGGGUUGGGGUGAUUUAUUUUAGGUCUAACCCGUAACUAUCGUGGGAGCUAGAAGCUGCAACAAAGAAAGACCUCCCUCGCUUUCAAUCUCAGUAGCUGUAACACAUGAUAUAAUCUGCACCAAUCUCCUUUUACACACUUGACUUGUAUGUAUAUGGUGUAUUGUCAGAUGGAGGAUUUUUUUGUUUUCUCUCAGCAGUCUGAGCUCGAAUCUUUUUUCCGGGUUUCUUUGCACUGUGCUGUUAUUCUUUUUGUCGGGACUCUCUUCAUCAUGGGUGAGACCCUCUUUAUUAUCCCAGCAUACACAAAAAGAGAUUGGAUGAUUUCACGACGACCUAUGCAUGCUCCAUGGACAUUAAUUAAGACAUCUGAUGAGAUAGUAUGUGUAAAUAUAAAAAGUUGGCAUAGCAGUCUGUGUGACGAGCAAAAAGACUUUUGUUCAAAUGCCUUCUGGAAACUUUUUUGCCAAAAAUGAUAUGCCCUACCAGCAACUAACUGUAGGUGUGAUUUUUCUGAACUGUGUUUUUGUUACUAGGACUAAG